AUGUCGCUCUCAGCUGGUGUCGCCUUGCGUGCAGGACGCACAUUACCAUGUAUAACGGUGCCCACAUGUAGAACCACGACUCAACGCCUUUUCCGACACGUGGAUGCCACAUUCUGGCAACGAAGGUUAUCAACAGCGAUUUAUCAAACACUAAAUCACGCAAACAACGAAAUUCGUCUCCUCUCAAUAACACCAGGUCAGAAGGGCGACGAGAUUGCGUGUCGAUUGGAGGUGGUCUCACUUGAUCUGUUACCGAUCUACGACACUUUGUCCUACACCUGGGGCAGCCCGAAGAAAACAUCGCAGAUACUCGUCGACGAUGACCCAGUGAGAGUCACGGCUAGUCUCUACAAUGCCUUGCGAAGCCUUCGCCACCCACGCAAGACGGUCACCCUGUGGGCAGAUGGUCUUUGCAUCGACCAGGGAAACAAUGCUGAAAAAAGCAAGCAAGUGGCUAUCAUGGACCGCAUCUAUGCGUAUGGCCGCCAAACAUGGAUCUCGCUGGGCUCGCCGGAUGUUGACUGGGCAAACGGUACCUGGUCGCCUCCUUCGGUCAUAGAUGAAUCUUUUUCCACAGCUAAAUACGUACUUCGAUAUAUCUGGAGUGUCUGGUGGCAUAACAUAAUGUGGCGUCGCUCGCAUAGGUCUAGACUCGGUGCCGGCCAUCUGAACGACGCACGACGACAGCUGAAGAAUCUCGAGGGAAAGAGCAGCCUCGGCCCUCAACAGGAACGUGACCGUCGCAUGGCGGUGUCGAUGCUGGACUGGCUAAUGAACAACGAAUACUGGAGGCGCGUAUGGAUAUUGCAGGAAGUAGUGCUGUCGGAGAAAGAUUCCAUAUGCAUCUUUGGCGUCCAUCAAAUCCCCUUGCUGUCCCUGGAUACGGUGUUGGGAGCAUGGCGUGAGGGCGGCGGCUUUGGAACCGGGGACAACAUACCUUCCCAUCUACGAAUGGGCUAUGCUCGUGCCAUGGAAGUGUGCUUGCUCCGCGACGAGACUUUCGCUGUGCGCCACUUUGCCCUGAUCCGCUGCCUGUACUUCUCAAGCCACAGGAACGCUUCGCAAGCAAUUGAUCACGUACACGGAAUCCGAGGUAUCUUAUCGCGCGAGGACCGCGAGCUGAUUCCACUGGAUUUCAAUAUUCCGACAAGUGUCCUCUAUGCAAAUGUGACACGGAUCCUUCUUCGUAAGACGAGAUCCGCGGAUGUCUUGUGUGCUUCUGCAGGAGCAGACGCGUGCACCAAACAUGGACUUCCAUCCUGGGCCUUGGACAUAAGCACGCCGCUCCAGUUUCCAGCUUCGGUCGAUCAACGAGGCACCGCAGGCUUUCCCCUUCCCGAAGAUAGUCUAGAUGCCAGGGUCCUGUACCUGGAGGGCGGAAGGCUAGAUGAGCAUAUCGUCUCAAUUAAGGAUCAGAACGUGUCUUUGAGUGAUACGCUGGGCAAUCUGGAGUCCGCUUUGAGCGAUGCAGAGUGCGCACUUACAGCGUUGCAGAAACUGUCAACAGAGCCCGAAACAGACGGCCAACAAUCCACUCGGCAUGCAGCAGAAAUGACUGCGCAUGCAAUGCAAGUGUCUCGCCAUGUGAUAGAGAUAGCUCGUAUCGAGACCCAGUUCUAUCGUCGCACGAACAACACCAUACUACAAUUUCUCAAUGCCCCACCGGCAGCUGAAAGCAUGGCUGUGCUCCAGCCGUUUUACGAUGUAAUUAAAGCCCGUGUAUACGAGCGCUAUGUCCAGAGGAACCAGCCCUACAUCGAAAGCGACCAGUUUGAGGGCAUCGACUUCAUGUUUUACACCAGCGGCGGAAGGAUCGGGAAAUGCCUCAACAGGGUGGAAGUCGGCGACUCGCUUUGGAAGCUACCAGGCUCUCAGACAGUGUUUGUCCUCCGGUCUAGCCCAAGCUCCGAUGCCCACAUCCUGAAAUACCGCCUUGUCGGCCCCUGCGUUUGUAGCGGUGCUUUUACAGUGACCGUCGGCACAAGUCCGACUACGCAGCGCAUUGGAAUUGUGUGA